AUGUUCGACACCACCCCGCACUCUGGCCGGAGCACGCCAAGCAGCUCCCCAUCUCUCCGUAAGCGGCUUCAGCUCUUGCCGCCAAGCCGACCCCCACCUGAGCCGGAACCGGGUACCAUGGUGGAGAAGGGGUCAGAUAGCUCCUCAGAGAAGGGUGGGGUGCCUGGGACACCCAGCACCCAGAGCCUGGGCAGCCGGAACUUCAUCCGCAACAGCAAGAAGAUGCAGAGCUGGUACAGUAUGCUGAGCCCCACGUACAAGCAGCGGAAUGAGGACUUCCGUAAACUGUUCAGCAAGCUCCCUGAAGCUGAACGCCUCAUUGUGGAUUACUCCUGUGCCUUGCAGCGCGAGAUCCUCCUGCAGGGCCGCCUCUACCUGUCCGAGAACUGGAUCUGCUUCUACAGCAACAUCUUCCGCUGGGAGACAACAAUUUCCAUCCAGUUGAAGGAAGUGACGUGUCUGAAGAAGGAAAAGACGGCCAAGUUGAUCCCCAACGCCAUCCAGAUCUGCACGGAGAAUGAGAAGCAUUUCUUCACCUCCUUUGGGGCCCGAGAUCGCUGCUUCCUCCUCAUCUUCCGUCUCUGGCAGAACGCACUGCUUGAAAAGACGCUGAGUCCCAGAGAGCUCUGGCACCUGGUGCAUCAGUGCUACGGCUCAGAGCUGGGCCUCACCAGCGAGGAUGAAGACUAUGUCUGCCCCUUGCAGCUGAAUGGUCUAGGGAGCCCCAAGGAAGUGGGAGAUGUAAUCGCCCUGAGCGACAUCACCUCCUCAGGGGCAGCUGACCACAGCCAGGAGCCAAGCCCGGCAGGUUUGCGCCGUGGCCACAUCACCCCCAGCCUUUCCCGGGCCAGCAGUGACGCAGACCACGGGGCAGAGGAAGACAAGGAGGAGCAGACAGACAGCCAGCCAGACGCCUCCUCCAGCCAGACAGUGACCCCGGUGGCUGAACCCAUGAGCUCAGAGCCCGCCCCACCUGAUGGGCCCACCUCCCUGGGCCCCUUGGAUCUGCUGCCCAGUGAGGAGCUGUUGACAGACACGAGUAACUCCUCCUCAUCCACGGGGGAGGAAGCCGACCUGGCGGCCCUCCUUCCCGACCUCUCCGGUCGUCUCCUCAUCAACUCCGUCUUCCACGUGGGUGCCGAGCGGCUCCAGCAGAUGCUCUUCUCAGACUCGCCCUUCCUGCAGGGCUUCCUGCAGCAGUGCAAGUUCACAGACGUGACCUUGAGCCCCUGGAGCGGGGACAGCAAGUGCCACCAGCGCCGAGUGCUGACCUACACCAUUCCCAUCAGCAACCCGCUGGGGCCCAAGAGCGCCUCUGUGGUGGAGACACAGACGCUGCUCCGGCACGGCCCGCAGGCAGGCGGGUGUGUGGUGGACUCAGAGGUGCUGACGCAGGGCAUCCCUUACCAAGACUGUUUCUACACUGCCCACCGCUACUGCAUCCUGGGCCUUGCCCGGAACAAGGCCCGCCUCCGAGUGUCCUCCGAGAUCCGCUAUCGGAAGCAGCCCUGGAGCCUUGUGAAGUCUCUCAUUGAGAAGAACUCGUGGAGUGGCAUCGAAGAUUACUUCCACCACCUGGAGCGAGAGCUCGCCAAGGCCGAGAAGCUGUCUCUGGAGGAAGGCGGGAAGGAUGCACGUGGGCUGCUGUCCGGCCUGCGCAGGCGGAAGCGGCCCCUAAGCUGGAGGGGCCACGGUGACGGGCCGCAGCACCCGGACCCUGACCCCUGCACCCGGGUUGGCAUGCACCCCUCAGGCUCCCUCAGCUCCCGCUUCUCAGAACCGUCCGUGGACCAGGGCCCCGGGGCAGGCAUCCCUAGCGCCCUGUUUCUCAUCAGCAUUGUGAUCUGUGUGAGCCUCAUCGUCCUCAUUGCCCUCAACGUCCUCCUCUUUUACCGCCUCUGGUCCCUGGAGAGGACAGCCCACACUUUCGAGUCCUGGCACAGUCUGGCCCUGGCCAAGGGCAAGUUCCCCCAAACGGCCACGGAGUGGGCGGAGAUCCUGGCCCUGCAGAAGCAGUUCCACAGCGUCGAGGUGCACAAGUGGAGGCAGAUCCUGCGGGCUUCUGUGGAGCUCCUGGACGAGAUGAAGUUCUCGCUGGAGAAGCUGCAUCAAGGCAUCACCAUCUCAGACCCUCCCUUCGACUCCCAGCCACGGUCCGACGACAGCUUCUCCUGA